UACAGUUCACAUGAUCUCUUGUAUGGUUUCAAAAGGGGUGGGGCUGGCCUUAGUUACACGUCGAUCCGUACCCAGUACCCGUGUGAUUUAGGCAGAGGAAAUGGAGACAGAGACUGGAGGCAAAGUUUAUGCCAGCAAUAAACAGGCCCCCUCAUUCCCUCCCCGCCCCCCACUACUGCAACCCAGUAGAAUAAGAGCAAGUGGGGCGUACAAAACCACCCAGCUCAGGAGAGACCGAUUCAAGAAGUUUGGGAAUUGUAAAUCUGCACCCAUUUCAGCAAAAGCACCUAGCACCACCUCCGAUAUCAAAUCUCACUCAUCAACCAACUUGACUGUCGAUAACCAAACUCUAAGCACUUCUGACCCUGUGCAGGAGUAUAUCGAGCACUCUAGGGAAUCCCUGGGUCUUGAAACUGCACCUUUGCAGCACUCGACUGAUACAUGCACGCCUGCAGGUUUGAGGGAAUCUCUACUGGUCUCCUCUGGUCCUAUUACUGGUGUGAGAGACCUUAAGGCCCUCUCUCGGCGGCUGUCAGAGAUCAGCUCUCCUACCAAAAGUAGUAGUUCGUCAGUGGAGUUUAUGUAUGCUCUAUCAAAAGAGAACAAGAAAGGAUGUCCUGUGUACGACCUUUACUUUACCUCUGCUGACAAAGCCAGGGCACAAGGGAGAUACUACACUAUCAGUGCCUUGAAUGUGUCUGAGGUUUACAGAGAAAUUGGGAUGGAUUCAGUUUCUAGUUUGAGAUGGCUCUGGGAAAAAGAAAUCUUUUACAGAAUUACUGCAUUACCUUAUUUCAAGCAAUUCAUGAUUCGCAAAGCAUUCAAAGUGUGGCACCACUGGAUUUGUCAAAAUAAAACGUCCAAACAGAAGGUGAAGCUGAGGUACAACUUAUUCUCAGCAGAUACUGUGCUGCAGAAGGCAAUUUUAGAAGUUCAGAGUAUUUGUGAGGCUGCUUCCAGCAGCUCAUUCUCACACUACUUUGAGAAUGAGAUAGCCAAGACUGCAAGGGAAAUAAAGCUGAUAUCAUUAAGUGAGAGUACGUACACUCUGAGGCAGUUCACCCUCCUCCAAACUCAGACAGUGACUGAAGCACGUGAGCAGUUGUAUGUCUUCAGGGAGGCAAUAGUGGCAGUCAUUGUCUCCGUCUGCCAGAAUGUUGUUGACAGAGAAGAAAUAAGUGAGCUCAGUUCUCUAUCAACAAAAGAAAUACCUCCCUCCCACGUCAACGUCCUGGAGUGGCGUAAGACUCUAGAGAGACUUAACCGACUGACCUGUCUCUGUGGUGGGUUGGUAGUGCAGCUUUUACAGCGACUGGUCCUCAAGGCAGUUAACACCCUCCUGUUCAUCACAAGGAGACUAGUCAGAAAGGCACUGGCUCGUAGUGCAGACCAGGAUGAAAGCUUUGCCCUGAUGAGGGAGACGGUGACUAGUAAUCCAUUCACUCAAGGCAUUCUGGACCGACAAGAUAUCAGCCUGGAUGAUGAAGCACAUGCGGGACUAGUCUCUAUGCAGGCUUCAUCAUUCUCAACACUGCUGCCCUCACUCGAAGCAGGUGUGGGUUCUCUGAGUGAAUUUGCAGAAGUGAUGAUCCCUGCUGAAGAAAAUAAAGACACCACGAAUCCAGACAUUGCAGACAUCAGUUACUUACUCAGGAAGCCCGAGCAAGUCAUCCCGCCCCUAUGGGAGGUACAGUUAACUCUAGAUCCCGAAGAACAAGUCACUAGUACUGAGGUUACUUUCACACCAACUCUGGAUGAAUUCGAUACUGCCCUAGCCAACACGCUUAGUAGCUUUGAGAAACUGAUUAAGGACUUCAAAUCACUUCUCUGUGAUGAACGAAUACAGCCAUUUGUAGGUAGCUCCAAGUACGAUCUGCUCAAGACACUCGAGGUAGCAGAGGCUAAAAAAAGUGCAACAAAGACCUUGGGAUGGAUUGACUGUGAGAAUUUGCUGCAAAACUAUGCACCAUAUCAGAACGUUGUUGAUCAGCUCAACAAGUGUCUCACCCUCACCAUGACUGAGGUGGACAGAAAGCUAGCGCACUACAAGUGCUACAAUAAGAUGCUCAGUGUGUGCAGUGAAGCAGAGAUCACAUCCUCAUCGUGUGAGAACUGGUCUGUUCCCAUGUUCCAGCGAAACUUUGCUCUGUAUCACGAUCAGGUGCAUGCUAUGGAGGGGAUGGUGCUGUCUUUUCAAGUGGGUAUCGUGGAAGUGAAGGCAGUGGACUAUCAGAUGAUGUGCCUCACUCAACCUCAGAGGAUCAUUGCCGUGUUGGAAGAAAAGUUGCCUCAACUUGCCAGUGCCAAAUGUGACCAUUUGAGUACCGAGAUUAAGGACUACACGCAUAAACUGUUGGAUAUUCCAUCAGACGUUGUUGCCUUUGUAUGCUAUGUGGAGAAUGUGGAGAAUGUCAUCUCAGCAGUCCCACUCAUUGAGAAGAGGAUGAUAGUUGCUACCAACAUGUACAAUGUGGCCCAGCAGUUUGAGGUUAAAGUUGCCGAUGAGGAGAUGGCCCUUUACAAGUCACUCUUCCCUCAGUUCAGGCACCUCAAGAAUGUCCUUAUGCAAGCUCAAGCCACUAAGUCAGAAACCGUGUACCAAUUCUCCUCAGACCUCAAGAAAAUGGUUGUGGAAGUUCUGAAGGCAGCUAAUGAGUUGAAGGCAGCUAUUGAGUCUUCAGCCCUAGCAGAAAAUUGUGACCAGCCACUGGAUGUAUUGGGCCGCUAUGAGCUGACGCUAAAUACUUUACUCUCGCAAGCCAGGGACUACGUCGACUACCAUCACACAUUUGGAUCUAUCCCAAGCUCCAAAAGACGAUUCCAUGCAGUGGAUUCGUCAGUGCCUUCUUGGACACCAGAAGAGGUGCUUGAAGAAGUGUCUAAUGUGGCCCAGUCUCUCAAGGCUAGGCAGUCAUUGUUCAGAGUGAUUGCUGACUGGGACAACAAGAUGAAGCAAUGGAGAACAGCAGCCAUUGUCUCUUUGGGUGUGGCUGAGAUACAGAGGGAUGUGAAAGGGUUUAUCAAUCAAGUCAACUAUCUGGAGAAAGAGUUGUCUCCAUCAAACAAGAUGAUAUCACAGCUCCACUCAAAAGUGAUAGAGUUCCGGUCAUGGCUACCCACUCUCUCUUGCUUACUUAAUCCUGCCCUCAAACUUCGACACUGGGAGCUCAUCCACAGAGCCACAGGGGAGGUAUCCUCGCUCAGCAAGGGCCACACUCUCACCAUAGACUACCUCCAAAAAGUCAAGGUAUUUGAUCAUCAUGCGAUCAUUGUGAGUGUCUCAAACGAGGCCAACCAUGAAGCUGCCUUGGAGAGCAUGCUAAAAAAGGUGUCUAGUGAGUGGAUGAACAGGGAGUUGGUUCUAGUGGGACACAGUGGGUUGACUGAGAGACCCACUCACAUUCUGUCGGGGGUGGAGGACCUUUUGGCUUCCAUCGAGGAUAGCCUACUCACCAUCAACACUAUAAAGAGCUCAAAAUAUGUCAAGCCCAUCAAGCACUCGGUACUAGACUGGCAGAGCAGGCUGGUGCUAAUGUUGGAGACAGUAGAGUGCUGGAUCCAUUGUCAGAAGAACUGGCUGUAUCUAGAGAGUAUAUUCACAACUGUAGACAUCCAGAGACAGCUCUCCUGGGAGGCCAAGUUGUUCUUACAAGCUGACAAGUCACUAAGAGAAGUCGUUAGGAUAAUUGCUGAAAAACCAACAGCUUUAAAAGCUACAACCACUCCAGGUGCUCUAGAAUUACUUCAAAGCUGCAAUGUUCUGUUGGAGCAGGUUUUUAAGAGCUUGGAGGAUUUUCUGGAGGCUAAGCGAAUAGGUUUCCCCCGAUUGUAUUUUAUCAGCAACGAGGAACUGCUAGACAUACUGGCCCACACAAAGCAGCCUCUCACUGUUCAGGCUUAUUUGGGAAAACUAUUUGCAAAUGUCAAGUUGUUGGAUGCUGAAGUUGUCAGUCCAGUGGCUGCUAAUGUACUGGCUCUGGUUUCUAGUGAGGGAGAGAAAAUUAAACUUUGCAAGAGUGUGAAUGCAAGAGGAGCUCCUGAGAAGUGGCUGAGCUCUCUGAACAACACCAGUUGUGAGACUGUCCGGAAAUGUCUCAAGGAGGGAGCUGUCUGUUAUAAUCAGGCCAGUAGAGUCUCAUGGGCUAUCAAUCAGCCAACUCAAAUAGCAUUGACAGUGGCCUUAGUGAAGUGGACAGAGGAAGUGGAGAGAUGUUUUGAGACGGUGUCACCAACUGAAUCAUUGCUGACAUUAUUUCAGUCCUGGAAUUACUAUAUCGCUGACUUGGCUAAGCUGUGUCAGACUGAUGAACCUUCUGUCCUGAAGAGAGGGCUGCUAGUGUCCCUGCUCAUUCAGGAUGUGCAUUGCAGAGAUGUGAUCCAUCACCUUAUAAAAGACAUUAUCACUUCGUCUGACAGCUUUCAGUGGAUCAGGCACCUUCGUCACUACUGGGAUGAGGAAAACCAGGCUUGUCAGCUGAAGCAGCUAUGCGCUGUGUUUCCCUACGGCAACGAGUUCCUUGGUUGUCCCUCUCGACUGGUAGUCACUCCUCUCACUGAGCGCUGCUACCUCACACUCACCACCGCCCUACACCUACACCUGGGGGCCUCUCUACUUGGGCCGGCAGGAACUGGAAAAUCAGAAUCUGUCAAAGACCUUGCAAAGAUAAUGGGGAGAUUCUGUCUCCUUAUCAAUUGUUCUGAAUCACUUGAGUACAAGGCCAUGGGUCAGAUAUUUUCUGGGCUGUGCCAGUCAGGGUCUUGGUGUUGUUUUGAUGAGUUCAAUAGGAUUAAAGCUGAUGUACUCGCUGUGCUUGCACAGCAGCUCAAGUGCAUCAAGGAGGCCAAGGAGAGAAGGAUUGGCCGUUUCGUCUUUGAGGGUAGAGAGAUAAAGAUGGAUGCUUCCUGUGGAAUUUUUAUUACUACAAAUCCGCGGUAUAUAGGACGCGUUGAGUUACCUAACAACGUGAAUGUGUUCUUCCGUCCCAUUGCCAUGAUGAAACCAGACACUACUACAAUAUCUGAAGUGUUACUCCUAUCUAAUGGUUUUGUAAAUGCACCAAGUCUUGCUACCAAACUGACCAAAUUCUUCGAAUUCAUGGAAACUCAAGUCUCUAAACAAGUACAUUAUGAUUUUGGACUGAGAGCUAUAAAGGCUGUCAUAUCAGUUGGUAGAGCCAACCUUCUACAAAUAAAGAAGUCUAAAGGUGACUCCGAUAAGCAAGAAGUUCUCUCUUUGGUUUCGGCAAUCAAGGAUGUCAACUUAUCGAAAUUACUUUCUAAAGACACCACAGUAAUGUUCACAUUGCUCCAACAGUUCUUUGGAACUGAACUGGUGAAUAAAGUAGAUGAACUUCAAAGAAAUAGCCUUCUACAGGAGUACAUACAGCGUGCAGCAGUGGAGUGUUCUCUUCAAACGAGUGAUGUUCAGACUCUUCAGUGUGUCCAACUCUACAAAACUAUUGGGGUUCGUCAUGGAGUAGUUGUAAUGGGAACAACAGGUUCGGGGAAGAGCACAGUCAUUCAGUUACUGAGAGGAGCGCUCAACCUAGCCGGAAGAAUGAUUCAUUCAAACCACCUCAGCUCACAGUCAAUCUCUAGCAAGAAAGAGGCUAGAGGCGAAUCAACUGUUUGUGAAUUAGAAACGAUCAACCCCAAAAGUGUCUCAUUCCAGGAGCUUUAUGGAUAUGUGGACAAAAACACUCUCGAAUGGAAAAAUGGUUUACUUCCGAAAAUUCUCAAGAAACUUUGUAAUGAACUUACGGCUAAACAAUCAGGGAAUGAACAUAUUCCAGUUCAGUCGUCUUCGUUACUAUCUUCCUCAGAUUAUCAGGAGGAAAACUCUGAAAGCACCGAAAGCAAUGAUAAGAGAGAGAGAGACAAUAAUUUUGCUGUAUGCUAUCCCCCCUCAGCACCAGCUGGCUGGAGGUGGAUAGUUUUGGAUGGACCCAUUGACCCCAUGUGGAUCGAGAACCUAAACACUGCUCUUGAUGACUCAAAACUGCUUUGCCUCUCGAAUAAUGAGCGUAUCUCUCUUCAACCUGGAUUAAGGCUCCUGUUUGAGACAGACAGCUUGGAGAAUGCUUCACCUGCCACUGUUAGUCGAUGUGGAAUAGUACUAAUGGAUACCCAGUUACUCUGUUGGAAGCAAUACACUGCUUCAUGGAUCAACCAGCUACCUGCAGAGUUUCCUGAAGAGGGUAAAUCACUUCUGCAUGCUUUGUUCGAUCAGAGUAUAGACGAUGGAAACAAGUUUCUAACUAUAAACAGGUCGCAACUGUCCUGUAAACUACCCAUUAUGGGCGCCAUUAGGACCCUGUGCAUAAUUCUGAGAAGCUUAAUCGAUUUCUCUUUAAAGGAAUUCCCUGGGCUCUAUCAAAACUUUAGCACAAAAAUAGGCUCAAACUGUCUUAAAUCUCAAGACAGCUCCAGCAGUGUAGGUGUUCAGACACUAGCCGGUAUAUACAUACCUAAAAAGGCAGCCAAACAAGAAAUAAGUGAUGGAGAACACAUUGAACAGCAGUCUGAGCUCUUUCAACUAAUUGGGAAACUGUACGUCUUUUCUUUUACAUGGGCAUAUGGCGGCUGCUUUGAGUCUGCUUUGGAGGAAGACGAUGCAAUGGAAGGGCUAGGGGACAUUAAAGUCACUCGAGGUGGUAAUACUGUGCUUUCUCAGUUUGAUGCUUUAGUACAUAAGAUGUUCUCAUCCAGUGACUCUGUGGUCCACGUUAAACUCCCAACAACCACCGACUUGAUCUUCUCCUAUUACAUUGACAUCCAUUCUUCAUCUUUUCUACAGUGGAAAACUCUCGUUCCUUCACCCAAGCAAAUCGCUACAAAAAUGUCACUGCUGAGAAAAGGUCUUGGUAAUAUUAGCUCAAAGUUUUCGUCUCCAUUUUUCAAAGAAUUUUCCACGGAAGAUUUAAAUGCCACAAGUGUGCCAUUGAUACCAACAGUUUCCACAGUGCAGCUUACAUAUCUUGCAUCUCUACUUGGCAACAAUGUGAUGUUGGUUGGAAAGACAAGCGUCGGAAAGACCCAGUUUCUCAAAUACCUUUCAGACAUACUUUUGUUUCCUGAUAUGCAAUCUGCAGUUGUAUAUUCUGUUCAAAGAGCAAAUAGGAAUGCUUCGAAGCCAUCUAAUUUCGACCUGUCCGUUCCUGAUAACACUAAGAAUGAAGUAUCAGGUUUUGAGUACCAACUUUCAACGAGAACUACAUCACUCGAGCUACAGUCUGCCAUUGGAAACUACUGCAUACGUACUGGGAAGUCCGUUUUGAAGCCUGCAAUGGGUGAAAAGGUAAUUGCAUUUUUGGAUGAUCUACACAUGCCAGGAUCAGACGUGUUUGGAACUCAACAGUGCUCUGAGUUCUUAAGGCAGCUACUGAACAAUGGUGGAUGGUACGACAGGCGCAACUUGACCUGGAAGGAUGUUAGUGGCGUGCAAGUAGUCGCUACUUCCGGGAGGAAAGGUUGGGGUCAUGCAGUUGUCAGUGAGCGUUGUCUGAGCAAAUUCAGCGUCUUUUGCCUCCCUGAGCCAUCCUUAGACUCACUCCAAGCUGUGUACACAUCUCACCUCUCCACUGCUUUUUCUGACAAUUUUGCUGAUGAUUUGCUGAGGAACAUUCCCAACAUUGUAUCUUGCGUGCUGUUCAUGUUCCAGAAAGUGGCCAGUCUGCUAAAACCAUCACCACAUAAACCACUGUGUACAUUCUCCAUCAGAGAUUUGUCAAAGGUGUUUUUAAGACUUUUGCACGCAAGUCACAGAAGUGUAAAAGAAGCUCAAGAUAUUAUUCAGCUCCUAUCUCAUGAAUUCCAAAGAGUGUUCAAAGACAGGUGCUUCCCAGAGGAUAGAGACCACAUCUAUAGCAUCUUGUCUGAGGGCCUCAGAAUCCACUUUAAGAUGGUAGUUCCAGUGGUGAACCUCAAGGAGCAGCUUCUUUUGUAUGAAGACUUCACGAACUCCUUUGGAAGAUAUUUGCCGGUCAAGAGCCCUAAUAAACUAGUGAAAAACUUGGAAAGAAUUCAAAGUCAAUACAACCUGACCGAGGAUAAGAGUUUCCAGUUGUCUUUCUUUCCACAAAUGUGUGGGCACAUAAUACGAGUCACCCGUGUUCUUCAACAACUUAGAGGAAAUAUGAUAUUGGUUGGAGAAGGUGGUAUUGGUAGGAGGAGUUGUGCCCAACUAGCCUGUCACAUUGCCAAUUGCAGCUAUCAUUGUUUGACAGUUUGUGAGAAGUCGCCUGGUGAAGCACUGGAGGAGGUCAAGAGUGUGGUAAUACAGUGCGGUGUGACAGAGAAGGUCACCUGUCUGCUGGCUACGGAGAGUCUAGGCUCAGAGCAGGAUGAUGUAUUGCACAUUUUGCAUGAGCUGAUGAGAGGUGGAAAUGUGAGAUGUCUGUUUAGUAUUGAGGAGGUUGAAAGUAUUCUAAGCCAGCUGUCCGAAGUGCUCGCUGUAAAGGAAAGAUCCGAGUGCCUGUUGUCAUCAAGAGAGUUAUGGAGAUUGUUUGUUAAGAGGGUUCUUGGUCAUCUGCACAUUGUUCUUUGUAUGACACCCUCGAGUCCCGUUCUGGCAGUAAUCUAUAAGAGUUAUCAGAGUGUAUUAACCCACUCUACUAUUGAUGUGUUUGAUGAAUGGGAUCCAAAGGCUCUGUUUGGGUUAGCAGGGAGAGAAAUCUUGGAGUGUGAUGCAGCCAACAGUGAUUUGAAAUUAAAAGAGCUGAGCAAUCAGCUGGCCACUACUGCAGUGAAGAUGCACGAGAUGGUACUCUCAGCUCAGAGCAAGUCACGUGAUCACAGCCCUCUCUCCUUCACAGUCACACCUACCACCUUCAUCCAGUUUGUGCAAAAAUUAUGUGCUCACCUCUCCACAAAAAAUAGCAACAUCAGAGUACAAAGGUCACAUCUUGAAGAAGGUCUGUCACAAUUGCGAAAGACAAAUAGGGACGUUGAUAUAAUGAGAGGAGAACUAAAUGAAUUGCACCCUGGAGUGACUUUAAAGACAAAGGAAGUGGAAAUCCUUCUAUGCCAGCUGACUGUGGAACAACAGCAGCUCGACACUUUGAGAGCUACAGUUGCCGAGGAGAGAGCAGCCAUUGCUCUGGAAACUGAACAAGUUCUCAUUCUGAAAGAGGAAGCGGAAGAAGAUCUACAGGCUGUACUCCCUGACCUGGAUCGUGCUGAGCAUGGGCUCAGAAACUUGGAUAAAAAACAUUUUGACGAGAUUAGAUCAUAUGGAAGACCACCGGCUAUGGUGGUGCAUGUAAUGAAUGCUGUGUGUCUCCUCUUGGGCCAACCCACUGACUGGAAGACAGCAAAGCAGUUGACACGAGAUGGAACCGCUUUUCUUAAACUGCUAUAUUCGUACGACAAAGAAAAUGUCCCUGACAAGGUUCUGGCCAAGCUCAGGAAGUUCACUCGGGAUGAGGGCUUCACUCCUAAGAAUGUAGCCCUUCACUCUGUAGCCUGUCAGUCCUUCUGUGAGUGGGUGUUAGCUGUCGAGCGUUAUGCUGAGGUAUUCCGGGUUGUUCAGCCUAAACGAUCUGUAUACCAAGAUGUAAGGGACAAGCUAGAGUUAGUGAUGGAGAAACUAAGCAAGAAAGAGAGACAUCUCAACGAGCUUGAGCAGCGACUGUCUGAGCUAGAAGAUAAGUACAGAGUCAAAAUGGAAGAGAGGGGAGAACUCCAGAGCAAAUGUGAUGAAAUAUCUCUCAAGUUGAAUCGUGCAGAAACUAUCACCCAGUCUCUAACAGAUGAGCAGGAUCGCUGGACAGUCACACUUUCAUUCUUGGAUCGCCAGGAAAGCACUCAGAUUGGAGACAGCCUGCUUUCGGCAGCGUGUUUAACAUACCUGGGUCCUUUCACUGUUGUUCUCAGACAAGCACUAAUCAACGAGUGGAAACAACUGUGUAGUGAGAAUAAGUUGCCAGCCAGUAAACAUUUUAAGUUGAAAGACAACAUUGGAGAAGUAGAAGAGAUCCAGCAGUGGCAUGUCCAUGGCCUCCCAGAGGAUCCUCACUCAGUAGAGAGUGCUCUAAUCGCUACCCAGUCCACCUCCACCCCUUUUAUCAUUGACCCCCAGGGACAAGCAUCAAGGUGGUUGAAAAGUUUCUACUCUACGGAUGGUUUAAGGGUUCUUCAAUUCGACAGUGAAGAUUUAGUGAAGAAUAUAAAAGAGAGUAUUACAGAAGGAACCACUGUAAUUAUUGAGCAAGUUUCAAGCUUUGGGUGGCUCAAGAUGGAGCCUUUUCUGGGAGGACAAAACAGACAGACACACCUCGGUGUUGAAAAAAUGGACAUUCCGUACAAUCCAUCUUUCAGGAUGUUUCUUGUGUGCCAAGAUGCUCGUGCAGACUUGACAUCAGACAUUUGCAAUAAAACUAUCGUGAUCAAUUUCUCAUGUACAACGGAGAGUCUGCAGGAGCAGUUAUUGGCCACUGCUAUCAGAUUGCUUCAACCAGCCCUAGAUGUUUCUCAUUCAGAGCUGAUUCUUAGGAUAGUGAGCAGUAGGAAAGAGCUAAAGUAUCUUGAAGGAGAGUUACUAAACAUUCUGAGAAGUAGUAAAGGGAUUUUGGAUGAUGAAGAGGUGCAGGCAACCUUGCACCAGUUAAAAGAAGUGGCAAUUGAUGUGCAAACGCAGCUUGAGGAUGCACAGGCCACAGGGAAAGAGAUCAAUUUAUCCAGACAGCAGUAUAUUCCGGUCGCUGUCAGGGGAUCACUGUUGUACACUGAAAUACAGGGUCUGCACAUAUACAGCCCCAUGUACCGCUUCUCUAUGGACUGGUUCCAGCAAAUCUUUUGCGAGUGCUUAACAGGUAUUGAACUCACUGAACAGGAAGAUGAUCUUGAAGCUCACCUAUCCGCAAUCAAUGAAAUGCUUAUUAAUGUAGUCUUGAGAAGAGCCUCGUUUGCCAUAUCUGCUAAGCACUAUACACCGUUUGUUUUCAAACUUUGUUGCUCAUUAUGUACGAAAGGUUCCAUCAGUGAGCCAAAACUGUCCCCUGAAGAGUGGAGGGUGAUGAUGAAAGUUUGUUCUCUUUUCAAGGACACAAAUGAUGACACUAGUGAAUUAAGUCAAGAAAGUAAUCGCUUGUCUGGCAGUUCAAACUCUCAACCUAACUCUUUUACACCAAAAAUAUGGGAUGUACUACGAUUCUUUGAGAAGAGGCUUUCGUGCUUUACAGGCCUGCAAAACCACAUUUCCAGCCACCUGGAAUUAUGGCAAAAUUUUCAAGCAAAUUCAAAUCCCAUUGUUUCCCUCCAGAACAUGACGGAGCAAAACGGAUUUGCCCCUUCAAAACUGACUGCAUUCCAACAGCUACUGCUCGUACAAGCGCUUUGUGUCGACAAAUUUUCCCAAGAAGUCAACCAAUUUAUUGUCAGUGUAUUGGGUGAUCAGUACCACGAGAGGCCACUGAUUUCAUUCCCUGAAGUUCUUAGUACAACAAAGAAUGGAACUCCUAUCCUCCUGCUACAUUCGGGAGACAUGGAUGCUUACAACUUGCUAAGAAGUUUGGCUAAAACUGAGCAAAUCCCAGGAAUUGUGACUGGAUACAUUGGUGAUAGUCAACAAAAGAGAGUAUCUGACCUUUUGCACACUGCAAUUGAAAGAGGAAACUGGAUUCUCAUUGAAAAUUGUGAUUUGGGAUCAUUUUGGCUUGAAAAACUUCUUAAAGAAAGUUUAAAUCGUACGUCACUCCACCAAAACUUCCGAAUAUUUCUCUCCUGUUCUGCAAACUGUGUGCUACACGAUAGCCUGGUAGAAUCCUGUGUUAAGAUCAAUUUGGAUGCUCCGAGGUCUAUACGAUCCAACAUGUUGCAUCUAUUCUCUAGUGAUAGCUGGCUGAAGGGGGUAUUUGAAGGUGGCUCUCACUCACCCCCACACUGGAAACAAUUAGUCUACGACCUAUGUAUGUUCCACUCUGCAAUCAAUACCAAGAGGGUAUUCGGCAGUGUAGUAGGUGAAACAACCUACAGCUGCUUUCAAGCAACAGAUCUCCAGAUGUCAAUAUCCCUACUGACUGAAGUCUUUGACGGAGGCCUUAAUGAAUGGGAAGUUAUAGAACACCUUGUGGGUAUGAUUUGCUAUGGCGGCCGAAUAACAAACAAGCACGAGAAAAGAUGCAAUGAUAACUUGCUUCAUCUAUACCUCAGUUCUAACUGCCAAGGAGCCGGCAUAAUCUUAGAUAACCCAGAGAUUGCUCCAUUAGUUUCAUACAAGGAGGCAGUUCUCAGAGCAAGUGAGCUCACACUCCAAGACAAGCCAGAGCAAGUUGGGAUUACCGUAGAGACAUUUCUAUCAUACAAGCAGACUGAAUCGAGGCAGUUGCAACAGUUUAUUUGUCAGUUGGAUGACGACCAAAAAAUUACUUUUCAAGAAGAUCUGGCCUUAGAAAAGGCCAUGUAUAUAUUGGACAACCUUCCUUCACUGGAACUUUCUGGACACACGCAUGCUCGUUGCUGCCCUGACACAAUGAUUUUUGUUGACAUGAUAAAUAGAGAGGUGUCAGAAUGGGAAGGCAGGUUAUCUGCUAUCAGAAACAUUCUUCAAGACAUUGUCGAUACAAUACACGGAGGUGGAAUACUUUCUGACAGCCAGGAUAGCAUUUGCUGUUGCCUGGUGGGAAAUUCAACUCCUGAAUGCUGGAGUUUUGGUGGAACUCCAAAAAUAUUCUUGUCUCAGUGGCUUAGUUUCCUGUUGGACAACAUCAGCUACAUAUCCAAGCUUUUCAGUCAGAUUAUGAAUUCCACGAAGGAAGAUAAGCCACUGCCAACCAAACUCUUCAUCCAAGCUUUUGCUUCUCCGAAUGGUCUGUUCACAUUUCUAAAGCAGUAUCUCUCUAAUAAGGAAGGCAUCCCCCUGGAAAAAGUUGAUCUAAAAGCUAGCCUAUCAUCUAACAGUUCAUCACAUACUAUUACUCUGGUCGGACUAGCAAUGGUAGGAGGUACCUUCCAGGAGAACUGUGAACUAACAACAACCACAGAAACUGAUGUUGUUCUCGGAGUGGAGCUAGCCUGCCGUCCUAUAAAUAUGGAAAACAGUACAGGUCAAGGCUUGUACUACUGUCCCGUGUACUCCUCAAAGGCAAAAUCUGAUCAGGUAUCAUCCAUUUGGAUACCUGUUGAUACUAGCUUGCUAGACCGUGAUGUUAGAACAAUCUCCCUUGUCAUAAACUCUCACUAUAAUAGAUUCUAGCCAUGAUUAUUUUAUUUAGUGAUUCUGUCGCUGUAAGUAUUAGAAUAUCUUUAAUGUGUGGAUAAAGUUCAAUCUAUAUCACACUAUA